AUGCUGCACGUCUGGCUCAAUAAAGGAUCGGCCUUCUACGCCGAACCCGCGUUUCACAAUCAGGACCUUCGCUACCGCCUGCCUCAUCCUACUUCGUUGCCUGUCGCCGUCGCCAUCGCCGUUGUUGUUGUCGCCGUCGCUGUCGACUGCUUCCAUCGUGAGGUCUCAUCGUCAAGCGCGUGCUGCUACGUCACUAUCGUGGUUUCGUUCCGACCGCCCCACCCAUUUUCUACCCCUCCAUAUUCCUCGUCCUCCCACAUUACAAACCACUUCACCUCCCACACGACACACACACACACACACAGCACCGACGAGCUCGCGCGGUCUUUGCGCGAAUACAUCCUCCAAUGCCAGAACACUGCGCUCGAGCGCCACCAGGUCUUUCGCGUAGCCGUCUCUGGUGGCUCGCUGCCCAAGACGCUUGCACAGGCGCUCCUCCAGGAGACUUCUGGCGACGGCAAGGUGCAAUUUGACAAGUGGGAAAUCUUCUACGCCGACGAGCGCGCCGUCCCCCUCGACCAUGAAGACAGCAACCACCGGCUGGUGCAGGAAGAGCUUCUUAGCAAGAUACCGGCCGAGCUCGGGAAGCCCAAAGUCUUCCCCAUUGAUGUCAAGUAUCUCGACGACGUCCAGGAACUGGCCGACCAGUACGAGAAGACGCUUGUCAGUGUCUUUGCUGCAAGGGACAGUGUCAAAUUACCCCUCUUCGAUCUGCUUCUACUGGGUUGCGGACCAGACGGCCACACCUGCAGCUUGUUCCCAGGAUCUGAGUUGCUUCGCGAAUCAGAAGCCUGGGUCCUCCCCAUCUCCGACUCGCCAAAGCCUCCGCCAAAACGCAUCACCAUUUCCCUGCCAGUCGCACAACACGGACUGAAGAUCGCAUUCGUUGCGACGGGCGGCGGGAAAAAGGACGUUUUGCGACAAAUAUUCGACACGGAAGAGGGCCAGCAGCUGCCUUGCGGUCUGAUCAACACCAAGGCCGGCGAACGAGUGAGCUGGUUUGUGGAUCAACCCGCCAUUGAAGGCGUCGCCUAUCCAGCACGUCGCGGCAGCCUCUAG